CGACCAAUUAACCUCUGACAUUCACAAUUCAUGUAGUUGUAAAGAUACCAUAUAUUGUAGGGUCGUGGUGCAUUGCCGAGAAUUGAUAUAUUUUUUGGUUGCUCAUUCAAAUCUUCACUGCCGCUGUAAUCUAUCGCCGUCUUUCCAUCUUUAUUCUUCAGUACCACCUAAUCCUAGAAAUCAUGAAUGGAGUUGAAAAACUAACCCCACUUUCAACUUACACCUAAUCCUAGAAAUUGUCAAUUGCCAUCUCUGAAGUUUCUGCAGCUGAUUCCAAUUCUCAAGAUUCGAUGGACACUAGAGCUGACUCUAGUUUGAAAAGCGAAUAGUAAGUUUCAGCCCCUCCGGUCGGCGAACUGAAUCUUGUUCCACAGUUUGGUGAGACGAUACGUGGCUCACAUGUCGUUCGGUGAGGUGACGAUCACUUAAGAGGACGUUGCGACACUGACCGGUCUAGCGAUCGACGGUGAUGCCGUCGUAGUAGACAUACCAGACGAGGAAUGGGGGGAUAUGUGUCUUCGAUUGUUAGGACGGGCUCUUACUGAUCUUGACGGCGGCGUCAUUAGGAUUGCUUGGAUCAGGGAAACUUUCGAUCAGCUACUGCUUUCGGCAUCACCAGAGACUACAGAGCAGUUUGCACGAGCUUAUGCUCUGUCUCUGAUAGGAGGUGUUUUGUUCCCCGAUCGAUCUGGAGGUUCAGUCCAUCUGCAAUACCUAUUUUUGGUGGAUGAUUGGCGCAAGGCGGGGAGGUUUGCCUGGGGAGCAGUUGUUCUAUCCUACCUGUACCGUGAAAUGGGUAGGUCGGCGUUGCAGAUGACGAUGUCUUCUUCUCUUGGUGGUGACCUUGGUGGAUGGUUCGCCUUGCUGAUGCCUUGGGCGUGAUACUGUACCAGAUUUAGACUCAGAGGAGUAGGAGCUUCUAGAUGGUGAUCAGGUUUUUCGGACAUCGAUGUGGGCUUAUGAGCAGUAGCUUCGAGCGGGAGCAUCUGGUGCACCAGAUGAGCAGGUUCAGUCUCAGGUGGAUGAGAUGUUCGGUACACAGGAUCAAGAUGAUAUAGUGGUGGGAGAUCAUCCCCAGCAUGAUGAUGGUAGGCCUUCACGGAACAGGAGGGCAGCGAGGUGUGGUACUGGCGGCCAUCUUGUUACACCCUGAUCUUGCUAAAAGUCAAAACGAAUAUCAUACCCUCGGAGAAAUUUGUCAAAUUUCAUCGUAAUAUCGAUGAGGAGUAAAAAUGCGAUCCCUCGGCUCAAACCGUGUCGAGUUUCGAUAUAAAAUGAGAAAGUUAUG